CAAGCUAAGCUGGUGAUCCUGAUAACCUUCUGCCUAUGAACACACCCGCCUCUCACCCCAACCCUACCCAGUACUUGACCAGUGUCCAGGCUUUGGUAUCGGGGAGGGGGCAUAGGGCCAGACAGAACCUGUAGGACUUUGGCUCCAUCUCUACAAAAGGGCACUGUGAGUCAGUCUGCUCCCCUCAAGGCUUGCUCCUCCCCUCCCCAGCUCCUAUUUCCGAUGCACGUACAGCCCGUCCACACUGUGUCCUGGGACACCCCAGUCAGCUGCAUGGCUUCCCUGGGCCUGAGCCCCUGGGUCCCUUUGUUGACCCCAGCCCCUACUGUGCAGCUGCUGCUGUUGCUGCUGCUCCUAGUGUCCGCUCAUCCCCAGAGCCUGUCCGGGAUGCAGGGGGUGCCCUCCUUGGGAGAAAGUUCAUCUGGGGAGGAUGAUCUGGGCGUGGAGGAUCUGCCCAGCGAAGAGGAUGCACCUGGAGAGGCGGAUCCACCCGGUGGGGAGGAUCCACCUGAAGUUAAUUCUAAAGCCAGAAAGGAGGAUUCCCUCGCCUUAGAGGACCUACCGACUCCUGAGGUUCCUGAGAACAGUCGAGGUUCCCACAGGGAUGAAAAAGGGGGUGGCCACAGUCCUUGGAGCUAUGGAGGCACCGUACUCUGGCCCCAGGUGUCCCCAGCCUGUGCUGGCCGCUUUCAGUCCCCUGUGGACAUUCGACUGGAGCUCACCUCAUUCUGCCGCACUCUGCAACCCCUGGAACUACUGGGUUAUGAGCUCCAGUCUCUCCCGGAACUGAGCCUGUGCAACAAUGGCCACACGGUACAGCUGACUCUGCCGCCCGGGCUGAAGAUGGCUCUGGGACCUGGGCAGGAAUACCGGGCCCUGCAGUUGCAUCUACACUGGGGAACUUCAGAUCACCCAGGCUCAGAACACACAGUCAAUGGCCACCGUUUCCCUGCUGAGAUCCAUGUGGUUCACCUCAGUACAGCCUUCUCAGAACUUCAUGAAGCCUUGGGACGCCCGGGAGGCCUGGCGGUUUUGGCUGCCUUUCUGCAGGAGAGCCCAGAAGAAAACAGUGCCUACGAACAGUUGCUGUCCCACUUGGAAGAAAUCGCAGAGGAAGGCUCCAAGAUUGAGAUCCCAGGUUUGGAUGUAUCGGCACUGUUGCCCUCGGACCUCAGUCGCUACUACCGAUAUGAGGGGUCUCUGACCACACCUCCCUGCAGCCAGGGUGUCAUCUGGACGGUGUUCAAUGAGACAGUGAAGCUGAGUGCUAAACAGCUCCAUACGCUCUCCGUUUCCCUGUGGGGACUUCGUGAUUCUCGGCUACAACUGAACUUCCGAGCCACACAACCUUUGAAUGGGCGAACGAUCGAGGCUUCCUUCCCUGCUGUAGCAGACAGCAGCCCUGAGCCAGGUGCCCAGUUAUCUCAUAGCCCGUGUCGUCACAACCCAGCUACGGGUCCCACCUCUUCCUGUGUCUCCUUUGUACCAGUCUGUCACAGGUACUCAUGGGCCCCGGUUCUAAUGACUUCUUUUAUCUUUUCAGUCCACGUGAAUUCCUGCCUCUCUGCUGGUGACAUCCUAGCCUUGGUGUUUGGCCUUCUCUUUGCUGCCACCAGCAUCGCCUUCCUCCUACAGCUGAGGAGGCAGCACAGGCACAGAAGUGGGACCAAAGAUGGAGUUACCUACAGCCCUGCAGAAAUGACAGAAACUGGGGCCUAAUGAGGAGAAGCCAGCUAAAGGAGUCUGGGAACCUUUAUACGGCUUCUCUGUA